UCACCGUUGACAGCAACGCUGCACGGCAAUUACAAAUGCUGGGAUUAUGUUAAUUUAAAUGAUCGCUUUUUGAUAGGUGCCUUCAUAACGUUGCUGCUCCCCGUAAUCAAAAGUCAUUAUUUUUUUCAUGUAUUUUUUAUUCGCCGGAUCACAAAGGGAAUUUUGGACAGAAACUAGCUGAUCGUGAAGUGGGAUAUUUACUCUUCUCUCGUGUUUUAGAAGAAAAUACCGGACGCAUUCGCUGAGGAAAGGUGUUUUCCGAUGGAUUAACAAAGGACAAUAUUUUCUUUACUUUUUCCCUAUUCAUAAAUAGAAUCUUUUUUUAUUUUUUAUUUCGUCAAACAAACAAAAAUGUAUACAUAAAAAAAAAAUAUUAAUAAUAAUAAUAUUUUUUUUUUAGGUAACAGUUCCGCUUUAAUAUUAAAUAGCCGAUAUAUGGUAGAAUUCUUCGAACCUGUGUCAUCUUCCAAGCUGGAGCCUCAGUUGUAAAAUGCUGCGAUGCUAAUGAGAGACUGUUCUUCGACAACAAUUUUUCACAGAAUGACAAACAAAUAGCUCUCGUUCUCUAUCUUCCACGGAUGCCUGUCUCUCAGCUUUAACGAUGGAAACAUUGUGAGAAGGCAUUAGACUGUGACGGACGCUUUCGAGAACUUGAGAAGCUGCAACAGCGACCGCAACAGUCUCGAGACCCUAUAAACAAACACAUAAUAAUGGCUUUUGAAGUCGAUUGGAGCGUGGAGUCCGCACACCAGGCAGGCUAGGAGGUUUUUGAGAGACACUGAGCAUAUUGUUUUAACCCCCCAUCCUGAAAUGAGGCAAAAAUGUUGAUGUGUGACAGAGGAGUCCAGAUGCUCAUUACCACAGUGGGCGCUUUCGCCGCUUUCAGCCUGAUGACUAUUGCUGUGGGAACGGACUACUGGCUGUACUCACGAGGAGUGUGCCGGGUCAAAAGUAAUAACGAAAACGAGACGAGCAGGAAGAAUGAGGAAGUCAUGACCCAUUCAGGGCUGUGGAGAACCUGCUGUCUAGAAGGAACAUUUAGAGGUGUCUGCAAGAAGAUUGACCACUUUCCAGAGGAUGCAGAUUAUGAACAGGAUGCAGCGGAAUAUUUACUACGAGCAGUGAGAGCAUCCAGUAUCUUCCCCAUCAUGAGUGUUGGACUUCUGUUCAUGGGAGGUCUAUGUGUGGCAGCCAGUGAGUUUUACAGGAGCAGACACAAUGUCAUCCUAAGUGCAGGAAUCUUCUUUGUCUCUGCUGGCCUAAGUAACAUCAUAGGAAUUAUUGUGUACAUAUCUGCCAAUUCGGGUGACCCUGGCCAGAGCGACUCGAAGAAGAGCUACUCGUACGGCUGGUCUUUCUAUUUUGGCGCUCUGUCUUUCAUAAUGGCUGAGAUGGUGGGUGUGCUUGCUGUGCACAUGUUCAUCGAGAAGCACCGAAAGCUGCGUGCAAAAUCCCGCACCGAGCUCAUCAAGAAGUCAGCCUUCAGCCGCAUUCCCAGCUACCGUUAUCGAUUCCGCCGACGCUCCAGCUGCCGCUCCAGUGAGCCUGCCUCUCGCGAUGCUUCACCCAUGGGCAAGAGUGGAUACACGGGUCCUGCUGCGGCAGAUAUCUCUAUGUACACCCUAUCUAGGGAUCCUUCCAAGGCUGCAAUGGGUGCCUUGCUCAACUCUGAGAGAGAGUUUUUGCAGGCUCACAACACCAACACGAAGGACUUUAAAGAUGCGGCGAACAGGAGGACCACUCCAGUCUGAGAGAGGUGCAAACUUAGGGUCUUCACGGGGUAACUACGUAUAAGCGCAUAAGAAGUGCAUUGGCCAAGACGCUAAAACCUAAGACUUGAGCUGGACCCCAGCAGGAAGAAUUCACUCGAGGCCUGCAGGGCUAUAACCCUCUUUCUAUAACAGUAUAUAUAAAUAUAGAUGGUAAUUGUUAGAUCAUUGGUGCUUCCUUUUAAUCCUCAUUUUUCAGUCACUGUUUCUGUCUUUUCACCCUCUAAUCAAAUACAUCCCUCCCCCUAAGGGCUACUGGAGUAGAAUGCUAGUCCUUUCCUCUAUGUCAUUUGAUAUUAAAGUACUGCAUUUGGAAUUCCUGAAAUGCGCAAGGUAACUUAGUGAAACUGUGAAGCCCUAUGAGGGGGAGGAUUGUAAAGCUUCUGAAAGUUUAACCGAAAGGUUGUAACACUACUCGCCUUAUGCAAAGCUCAGUAGCCCAUAACUGGUGAGUGCCUCUUCACACUCACAAGAUUGUAUACAUUGUUGGUUUCUCUCCUGGGUUGGACAUAAAGCCUGCGUUUAGUGUCACUGUUUCCAGCUUAAAAUGCCAUGCUUGACCAUGGGGUGAUGACCUCCACUCAUCCCACCUACAGGGGGCAAUGCUGCCUCUGCUCACCACUGCUUUUUUGCCCUCUCCUCAAAAGCUAUUUCACUGGGUUCUGCAUGCCAUCCACAAAGUUUUUUUUUUUUUUUAAAGGAAUAGUUCACCCAAAAAUUCUGUCAUCAUUUAAGCACCCUCAUAUUGUUCCAAACUUGUAUAGCUUUCUUUGAUACGUGGAACACAAAAGUAGAUGUUAGGUAAAAAGUAGAUGUUAAAAUGUUAGAAAAACUUUAGCCUGGGUCACCAUACCAUUUCACAUCCAUUAAUUGGCUCUUUCAUUCUACUCUCUUCUCUCCACCAACAGCUGGUGUGUGGUGAGUGUACUGGCGCACUAUGGCUGCCGUCACACAUUCUAGGUCAGGGGUUCUCAACGGGGGCGUUCAAAUGAUGCCAGGGGACACUGAGAGGAAAUUAGUAGAGAGAGGGGCAUUAGGUUACAAAUGGGGGCUUUUAUCAGUCAUAAUAAUCAAAUCUAUCGUCAAGUUCCUCUUUGCAUUAAAACGUUCAUCUAGACUUGGAGUAUAUCAGUUGUUUCUCAAUUAUACGGGUUGGAAUGCAUUUGUACUGCAGUUCAUCUGAUUUUGAAGUCUAGCGACGCAUCUGAAGUAUCUGGUUUAGCAGCAUCAAAUACACAGGUGGAGGCACAACCUUGGCUAAUGCACCUGUAUGGCUCUGUAGAUGGAUACAUCUCAAUGGACAGAGCAUCUUGAGCGCAAAGCUCUUAAACUCGCAGCUCUGCGAGAAUCAGUGAGAAGCAAGGCGUGAGAAGCGGAAACCAUUUGAAUUCGGCACAGAAUUCUACAUCACCACCCUUGAAUUUACUAUAGUAACACUAACUGUACUUUAGGCAGAAACAGAUUGAUAAUAAAUAUUAUCAUAUCACUGCUUCAGCUCUAUUAAAUUUAUCAUAGACUACGUGAAGGAAUUAAAUUAAAUAUUUAUAUUUUGUAUUAAUUGUUUUUACAUGUGUUUAGUGUAGGUCUACUGUUUGUAAUUACAAAAAUGCCAUAGUUUGUUUUAUAGAAAUCAUGUUACAACUAACCAUGGUAGUGAAGAUCCAUGCUUCCUACUAUGGUUUUGUUACAAAUACCACUGUUAAAACUAUAAAAAUAAAUAAUAAAUUAAGAUUUUCAAAAAGGCAAAUGUAAAAUAUAUUAACAAAAUCACUUUUAUUAUUAGUUUCUGUCUUUGCAUUUUCAUUUUAUAGGCCCCAGAUAUAGCCCUCCAUCUGCAUGAAUUCAAGAAACGCAAGAUUUGGUCUCACAUUCAUGAUGCGUAA